AACACUCCUGGACCGAUGUGAAAACGUUCGUCCAGGAUUAAUGUUAUAGCCAACCAAUCAGGGGUCAUUAGAGGUGGGAUCAUUAGAGGUGGUACGUCAUCAACAGGGCGACUAGCAUUUCCAAAUAUUCGCCUUAUUUUGUGCCACCCGGAACGUUCUAAAGACGUUGAGGGGUACACUUCAGGGGUGCAUUCGGCAACGCACCAGCUGUCAUGGCUCCUCAGUGUUGUGUGCCCAAAUGUGCGUCCUCAAAGAGAAAAAAAUCCUACCGUGGACAGACUUUCCACCGUUUCCCCAAAGAGCAGGCACUUCGCCGUGAAUGGAUAAAUCACGUCAAGAGGGAUCCUGGUCCAUAUUUCAAGAUCAACGCUGAGACCAAGGUUUGCUCUGAGCACUUUGAGAAGCAGUGUUUUGUAAAGACCGCCCGUGGUAUCACAGAGCUUAUAAAGGAUGCUGUGGCAACUUUGUUCGCCUGGACUUCAGAGAGGCCAAAGAGGAGAAUCAUCAUUCGCAGACCGAGUACAGAUUCCAUGGAGGUGGAUGAAAACCAGCCUGAUGUGAGAAGGGAUGCCUUGAGGUGGAGCUUUCCCAUGACCAAGAGAUGAACGCUAAACUCAAUAGUUUUUUUUUUUCUCCUCCUUCCUGCCUGCACUGUAGAAAAAAGUCAGUCAGUAAACAAAACAAAUGAUUGGAUUUCACAGAUUUGUUUAUUACAAUUUCAGAGAGAAGUGAUGUAUGCAUAAUAAAAUACAUUAUUAUAUAAUAUAUUAUUUAGUAUAAUAAGAUGAUCUAUGAUGCACACUUAAAGCAUGAGAGAUUUGUAGAAAUAAACAUCAAUUCAAUGUAUGUUUCCUAUUUCACUUGUGACUGAAUUUUUCAUAAUUUCAGAAUAAUGGGCCUUGGACGUUUGUUAACAUUGCACUCACUGCCCACAUCUGGUUAACAGAGCCUACUAGUGUCAUGGGUAUGACGCCAUCAUAUAUGUGGAACUCUUUUAUUCUCCUUAUCGCACGUUCAACACGAAUACGAAGUCUUGCACUUGUUUGUGUUUCUGGUACUUCAUCUGCAUUGAAAGUGCCACUUGGGCCUAAAAAGGGUGGAGUCACAAGGGAGACAUUUCAUUUUGAUAGCAUUUCCUUAAUCAGAAACCCUUCGUCUGCCAUGACUAAAUCGCCUUCUUCAAGCAUUGCCAGGAUGCCGGACAAUUCUGUAAUCUCCUUGUCGGAUAUGGAGCCUGUGUACAGGUCACUAACGAAUGACACCUCACCAGACGGGGCAAUACCAAUCAGGCCUUUUGAAAGUUGGGUUGCCCUUGUAAUGGGAAUAGAUUUCGGAGUUAAGUACCUUCGAACUAGGCAUUUGCACAUAUAUUUCUGUAUAGUCUAGAAUGACUCUGGUGUCUGGGUAAGUGUUUUGAAAACAAGUAGGCAUACAUUCAUCUACUGUGGCUUUUGAAGGCCAAAUGGGGAGAGAUCCUAAAAUGUAUAGAUAGUUAGUCCAGGUGACACAGAUUCUGCUCACAGUUGACUGUGACACCAAAGCGCACCGCAAGGUCCUGCUCAGCAAAACCCUGUCUGAGGCGAAAGAGAAAUAACUGGUCCAUAGUUGCUAGUUUGGGGAUAUUAAAUGCCUGUCUAAUGACCUGUACCCCUGUUUGUUUAAGCCUUUGAGCCUGACUGCAUCCAACUAUGCUUGUGGCUGUGGGCUGUAGAGCCAUAUAUACAGCUUUAAAAGGUGGCAUAGUCUGGGAAUCCUGUGUAAAAUGACAUCUGACUAUCAUCACUGGAAUCUUGACACACUGAACACUUUAUCUUGAAAGGGACACUGUGCAGGAAAUGGUCAAAAAAGGUACUGCAACUAUGCUGCACAUUGAAACUGAGCUGCC